AUAAUAUUAAGCUCUGAAUGACUAUCAAAGCACAACACGCUACUCGUUAUUGAGGAACAUGUCGUCUUCUAUGGCAAAGUUAUUGCUGAGUGGUUUGGAUCUGACAGCCAUGUGGUCAAGGACACGGGCUGUUAAUAAACACAUAGGUGUAACUUCUAAUUUACUGAGAAUACCCGGUAGAAAUUAUGCAGAUGCGUCUUCAACGGCAAUGCAAACUAUUAAUGUGAAGAAAAGAAUUGAAAAUACCCGGGCGAAAGCUUUGGAGGGGGGAGGCAAACGGCGGAUCGAUAAUCAACAUAAAAAGGGUAAAUUAACAGCUCGUCAAAGAAUCCACGUCUUGCUUGAUCCUGGUUCUUUUGUUGAAUAUGAUCAGUUCUUGGAGCAUAGCUGUAUUGACUUUGGAAUGGAGAAGAAAAGAUAUCCUGGUGACAGUGUUAUUACAGGUAGAGGGAAAAUAUUUGGUCAACAAGUAUUUAUAUUUAGCCAGGACUUUACAGUAUUUGGAGGCAGCUUAUCUGGGGCUCAUGCCAAAAAGGUCUGUAAGAUAAUGGACCAAGCUAUGUUAGUUGGUGCUCCUGUAAUUGGUCUGAAUGAUUCCGGUGGAGCUAGAAUUCAAGAGGGAGUUGAGUCCCUUGCUGGUUAUGCUGAUAUUUUUCAGAGAAAUGUGAUGGCAUCAGGUGUUAUUCCACAGAUAUCAGUUAUCAUGGGACCUUGUGCUGGUGGUGCUGUUUAUUCACCAGCUUUGACGGAUUUUACAUUCAUGGUUAAGGAUACAUCUUACCUCUUCAUUACUGGACCUGAUGUUGUAAAGUCUGUGACGAAUGAAGAUGUUACCCAAGAGGAACUUGGUGGUGCUAAAACUCAUACAACAGUAUCAGGUGUUGCCCAUCUUGCAUUUGAAAAUGAUGUUGUUGCCCUGAAAGAGUUAAGAAAUUUCAUGAACUUCUUGCCACCCAGCAACUUGAAACCUUCUCCUAUCCGCAAAUGUGAAGAUUCUCCAGACCGACUUGUCAAAGGCCUUGAUACAGUUGUACCACUUGAGUCUACAGCAGCCUAUGAUAUCAAGGAUGUCAUUCUGGGAAUUGUUGAUGAACAGGAUUUCUUUGAGAUUAUGCCAAAUUAUGCCAAAAACAUUGUUGUGGGAUUUGCAAGGAUGAAUGGAAGAACUGUUGGGUAUGUUGCUAAUCAGCCCAAGGUGGCAGCAGGUUGUUUGGACAUAAAUGCAUCUGUGAAAGGAGCUCGUUUUGUUCGCUUCUGCGAUGCCUUUAACAUUCCUCUCAUCACAUUGGUAGAUGUCCCUGGAUUUCUUCCUGGCACAAGUCAAGAAUAUGGUGGAAUAAUUCGUCAUGGAGCAAAGCUUCUUUAUGCUUUUGCUGAAGCAACCGUUCCUAAAGUAACUGUGAUCACCCGAAAGGCUUAUGGAGGAGCAUAUGAUGUGAUGAGCUCCAAACAUUUACGAGGAGAUAUGAACUAUGCCUGGCCAACAGCUGAAGUUGCCGUGAUGGGAGCAAAGGGUGCCGUCAAGAUUAUAUUCCGUGGUGAAGAUAAUCAAGCUAAUGAAGCAGAAUAUGUGGAUAAGUUUGCUAAUCCUUUCCCAGCAGCUUCUAGAGGUUUCGUUGAUGACAUCAUAGAACCAAAUACCACUCGUCGUCGAAUCUGUCAAGAUUUGGAAAUGUUGUCCAACAAGAAAGUCAGCAAUCCUUGGAAGAAGCAUGCAAAUAUACCUUUAUAAGACUGUUAGUGGACUUUUCAAUAAUGGUCAGAUCCUCCAAUCAACAUAUUUUCCAAUUUCAUGCAGUUUUUUUGGGAGUCUGCCUUGAUUUGGUCUUAGACAUUCUCAAAACAUAUCAGCAAUGUGUGUUAUAUUCCUGCAAAUUCUUUAUAGGACUGCUGAGACAA